GUGUGGACCGUGAGCGGACGCGGUGUUCGUCUGCGGACUGCGCCGGCUGUUCAGCUCUUUCCCUCUCUCCGGUCAACUUCGCAUUCGAUUCUCUUUCGGACAUCAGAGAGAGAGAGAGAGAAAGAGAGAGAGAGAGAGAGAGACCUUUGCUUCGUUAACGUUGGAGUUUCACCAUGAGAUCGGUGGCUACCGGACUUAUCCUCAAGAGAAAGCUUGCGGAUUUCUUCUACACGUGUUCCCGCAGAAGAGUCCUUGGCCGCUUCUCCUCGUCCUCGUUCGGCACCGUCGAUCCAAGGAAGAGUAACGGCAGGGGAGGAGGGGAAAAGGAGGUGCCCCACUUGCCAGUCCUGAUCGUCGGCGCUGGCCCCGUCGGGCUCAUCCUCUCCAUCCUUCUCACCAAAUUGGGUGUCAAAUGCUCAGUUUUGGAGAAAAGUGUGGUUUUUUCUCGACAUCCACAAGCCCACUUCAUUAACAAUCGGACCAUGGAGCUAUUCCGCAAACUAGAUGGUCUGGCAGAGGAAAUCCAGAGUUUGGAACCACCAGUGGACUUGUGGAGAAGGUUCAUAUACUGCACUUCUUUGUCUGGUCCAGUUUUUGGAUCUGUGGAUCACAUGAAGCCUCAAGACUUUGAUAAGACUGUCAGCCCCAUUUCUGUUGCACACUUCUCACAGUACAAACUGAUGAAUUUGCUACUUCAAAGGCUUGAAAAGCUUGGCUUUUCUGUUUGCUCUCCCAGUGAAAUUGAAGGCUCGAUAUGGGAUAGGAAAAUUUUAAUGGGCCACGAAUGCAUUUCUAUCCACCCUACAAAUGAAGGUUUAAAAGUAGGAACUUCCUAUCUAAAGGAAGGGAAGAUGGAAGAGCGAGAAUUUCAUUGCUCCAUCCUAGUUGGGUCUGAUGGGGCAAGAAGUACAGUUCGAAAGCUGGUUGAUAUAGAUAUGAAAGGUGAACGUAACUUGCAGAGACUUGUCAGUGUGCAUUUCCUAAGCAAAGAUCUUGGCCAGUACCUGCUACAUGAAAGACCUGGAAUGCUCUUCUUUAUUUUUAAUCCAGAUGCUAUUGGCGUUCUUGUCGCACAUGAUCUGGACCAAGGGGAGUUUGUGCUGCAGAUACCAUAUUAUUCUCCUCAGCAAAAAAUUGAGGAUUUUAGCUUCAAGGAUACGUUUAAUCUAAUCCAGGUAUGUGAGCAAAUUAUUCUCAAGUUGGUUGGGUGGAAGCUUGUCGAUGUGCAAGUAUUGGACAUAAAACCAUGGGUCAUGCAUGCAGAAGUUGCUGAGAAGUAUGUUUCACACAAUAACCGAGUAAUACUUGUUGGUGAUGCUGCUCACCGAUUCCCACCUGCCGGUGGUUUUGGGAUGAAUACUGGUAUACAGGAUGCCCAUAAUUUAGCAUGGAAAAUCAGCUCCAUGUUAAGUGGAAUUGCUUCACCUUCUAUCAUACAAACUUAUGAAAUGGAGCGUAGGCCGAUUGCCAUUUAUAAUACAUCGCUGAGUGUUGAAAACUUCAGGGCAGCCAUGUCUGUUCCCGCCGCUCUUGGCCUUGACCCAGCUAUUGCAAACUCAGUACAUCGAGUGAUAAAUAGCAGCCUUUGUUCCAUUCUUCCUCCAAGCUUGCAAAAGUUUGCCUUGGAAGGGAUUUUUUCUAUAGGUCGUGCCCAGCUCUCAGAGCUUAUUUUGAAUGAGAAUAAUCCACUUGGGUCCUUGCGAUUAUCUAGACUUAAGAAAAUAUUUGAUGAGGGAAAAAGCCUUCAACUCCAGUUUCCAGCAGAAGAUCUUGGGUUUUGUUAUAAAGAAGGAGCUCUAGUUGCUGAAUGUGGUGAAAAGAUAUGGGAAUCAGAAGCAUCUAGUGUUCAUAAACGAGAUUUAAAGCCAUAUAUCCCUUGUGCCAAACCAGGAUGCCGCUUACCACAUAUGCUAAUUAAUGCACUUAAAGAAUCUUCUGCUAAGGCUUCUUUCUCUACCUUGGAUCUGAUAUCUGGAGAUAAAAUUGAGUUCCUUCUCAUUAUUGCACCAAUCAAAGGGUCAUACAGACUUGCACGUGCCUCUAUGAUGGUGGCCAAAGAAUUCGAUGUGCCCCUAAAAGUAUGUAUUAUUUGGCCCAAAGGUUCGUCUGAUAAGAAUGUAAACAGCAGCGAGAAGGAAUUAGAGCCUUGGAAGAACUUCAUAGAUGUUGAGGAAGCUGUUAAGCCAACUUCGAAGUCAUGGUGGGAGUUGUGUCAAAUGUCAUCCAAUGAAGUCAUUUUGGUGAGACCUGAUGAGCACAUUGCAUGGAGGACAGAAUCUAACAGCAUAGCCGAUGAUUUAUUGGAGUUGAAAAGAGUGUUCUCUCUGAUGUUAGGGCACGGUAAGUUCCUCUUAUAAGAAGAUGCUUGUGGUGCUUCUCGCACCAUGGUGGUGAUGCAUCAUCAGAAGGUUCAUCCAAGAUCCUGUUCUUGCUUUGCCUGACGAUGGCAACUGUUAUAGUUGAAAGCUGGUCUUGGCUUCCCAGAAGAAAUAUUUGUCAAAAUCGACAGUUUGCAUAUGCUUUUUAGCAGCAAAUAGUUUCUGGUUGCUUUCUGGAUGAUGAUACCUGGGGCAGUCCCAUGAGACCUUUCACCUUGGCAGGUUUUAUUCUUUAACCCAGUAUGUUCGAUUAAUUGUUAUAUCAAGGUUUUAUUAAAAUGAAUAAUUGAUCGCAGGAUCUUUUGCAUUUUGA